CCAGAAUAAUGAAAAACAGAAAAAUCAGAGAAAUAAAAAGUCGAAAAAAUAGAGAAUAUUAGGUAAUUGAAAGAAAGUGGUUGCUGCUGCUGCUGCUCCCUCAACGCUCAUUUGUUUACACAUCGCAUCGCCGAUCCGAUCCACGCUCCAAUCCGCCAAACAGUAAAUCGUUUGUUCUUCCUCCUCAUCUUUCUCAGUCCCUUCACUGAAAUCGGCGUUCAGUGUGAUAUUUUGGGAAAGAAACGAAGAUGUUGGGGAUUUUAAGGCAGAAAGUGGGAGCUGGAAGCUCGUCAGCUAUGAUUUUGGGGCAGAGGAUCUGCCCCGCCGCUUCGGCAUUGAGGGGUUUCGCAUCUUCUGCGAAAGAGAUGACAGUGAGGGAUGCUCUAAACUCUGCGCUCGAUGAAGAAAUGUCCGCGGACCCAAAAGUGUUUUUGAUGGGUGAAGAGGUUGGGGAAUAUCAGGGUGCUUACAAGAUAACAAAAGGACUUCUGGACAAGUAUGGUCCUGACAGGGUACUUGAUACCCCAAUCACAGAGGCUGGGUUUACUGGGAUUGGAGUUGGUGCUGCUUACUAUGGUUUGAGACCUGUUAUAGAGUUCAUGACCUUUAACUUCUCAAUGCAGGCAAUUGACCACAUCAUCAAUUCUGCUGCAAAAUCAAAUUAUAUGUCUGCUGGCCAAAUAAAUGUACCCAUUGUUUUCAGAGGACCAAAUGGUGCGGCUGCUGGUGUUGGUGCCCAGCAUUCUCAAUGUUAUGCAGCAUGGUAUGCAGCCUGCCCUGGGUUGAAAGUUUUGACUCCUUAUUCAUCUGAAGAUGCUCGUGGACUCUUAAAAGCUGCCAUUAGGGACCCUGAUCCUGUUGUUUUCCUUGAAAAUGAGUUGUUAUAUGGCGAGUCAUUUCCUGUUUCAGCUGAAGUUCUUGAUUCCAGUUUUUGCCUCCCAAUUGGAAAAGCUAAGAUUGAGAGAGAAGGAAAGGAUGUCACUAUUACAGCUUUUUCGAAAAUGGUUGGCUAUUCUCUACAGGCUGCUGAGAUACUCGCUAAGGAAGGAAUCAGUGCUGAGGUCAUAAAUUUGCGGUCAAUUCGUCCUCUCGAUAGGAAAACCAUCAAUGAUUCAGUCAGGAAAACCAACAGACUGGUGACAGUUGAAGAAGGGUUUCCUCAGCAUGGUGUUGGCGCUGAAAUCUGCGCAUCUGUUGUUGAGGAUAGCUUUGGUUAUCUUGAUGCACCGGUUGAGAGAAUUUCUGGGGCUGAUGUUCCCAUGCCUUAUGCAGCCAAUUUGGAGCGAUUGGCUGUUCCUCAGGUCGAAGAUAUUGUGCGUGCAGCAAAGAGAGCUUGCUACAAAUCUUCCUCUUUGGCUGCAAGUGCUUAAUUUUUACCACUUCAAUGCAGAAAUUUCUCCGGAUUGAGGAGUUGUAGAAAUUGUAAAUUAUUUCUCUCCUCAUCGCGUGUUGGGAGGAACUGCUUGUCAAAUAACUGGUAGAUCAUCCCGUGCGGGUAAGAACUGCUUGUCAAAUAACUUGGGAGAACAUAGACAAGGGCGAGAAUUUUUUUGACUUUUGUCGUUUAUUAUUUUUCGCUGUCCGCAUUAAACCUUAUGUGUUUUGGAGGCCAUUUUCUGGGUUUCAUGUACUUGAUUUCCAGAAACGUCAAUGACCUGCUUCAGUCUUCUCCUUC